AUGAAGGCUGUGACCUCGCUCGUUCUUCACUGCGCUGCAGUGACUGUCGCUGCUGCGGCUCUUCCUGACGGCAGUCAGGUGGUUUCUGACCCUCUGGCGGGUUACGAAAUUGUUCCUAUGCAAUGGAAAGGUGUUAUCAAAGAGGGAGAGGCUCCUGUCUCCCUGAACGGUACUAUUGAGUCGGUUAUCUCUCAGAUCAAGGAGCUUAACCCGGAGUUCGAGUUGGUGGAAGAAGACCCCGCCGAGUCAUCUGGGCUUGAAGCACGAAACCCAUCUAACAUCAUUUGCAAUGUUGGCGGAACCGGUUAUGUUGAUGUGAAAGCAGCCCAACUGUAUGUGGUGUGGAUGGCGGUCCUGGCAAGUGCGCUCGCAUCUCCUGUUCUUAUGGCGAUGCUAUCUGGCUUUGCAACGACAACAGCCACUACAUCCAACCCAGGUGCAGCUACCUGGCUGACUAUGUGGAUCGCAUUAUUGCAAGCUGCCAGUCGAAAACCAGCAGCCCGCCUUGUACAGUCAGGCCUUGCGCUCCUAGUUGGACCGCAUGGUUCGUUCGGGGUCAGCAGUUCGAUACUGACAGAUACAACGUUAUUGUUGGAAGAAGCAACUGCUAGUCUGUUGAUCGACUACAUCAUGGUUGCGUGA